CGCAUAUUGGAGGUCAGGAAUUGUUUUUGAAAAGGAACGCGUAAGAAGAUCAUUGUAGGUCAGAGCCAGUUCAUCCCAGCAAAUGCGCUAGACAUUUGCUUAUAACCAUGGCAUCAGACGCCAGUCACAUGUUGGAGGCAGCUUUGGAGCAAAUGGAUGAUAUUAUCGCAGGCUCCAAGGCUGCGGUGGAGUUCAGUAAUGGCCUGUAUGAGUUGGGUUCUCCGGUCAGCGCCGGACCCCUGCAGGUGCUCCAGCUGGCCGAAGACCUGAGGCUGGCUCUGGAGCUCCAGGGCGGACAGGAGGACCGCGACUCCCUCCGCUCCCAGCUCCCCUGCACCACCGCCCACGUCCUCACGGACUGGCUAGAGAGAGGAAUGACUAGCCAGGUUAACCUCCAGACCUCCAGCAACAAUGAAACUUGUCAGGAGCGAUUGGCUCGCUUAGAGGGGGACAAAGAGUCUCUGGUUCUGCAGGUGAGCGUACUGACGGACCAAGUGGAGGCGCAGGGGGAGAAGAUCCGAGAUCUGGAAAGCUCCCUGGAGGAGCACCACCACAAACUCCUCUCCACGGAGGAAAUGCUACAGCAGGAGCUGCUGAGCCGAACCUCCCUGGAGACAGAGAAACUGGAUCUAAUGGAUGAGGUUUCCUAUCUGAAACUGAAGCUUGUGAGCAUGGAGGAGGAGCAGAAUCACACUGACGGAGAGAAUCAGCAGCACAAAGCUGAGUGUGUGGUUAAUCUAAUAAGCGAGCUGCAGGAGCAGAUGUGCAAAUUUCAGCAGGAGAUCAACACCCGGAUCAGGGAGCAGCGGGCUCUGGAAGGGCAAGGGGAUGCUGGAGCCCGCGAGGCCCACGAUCAGAGCCCCGACGUGGGCCUGGGAAGCUCUGACGUGGAGGACCACGGCUGCCGCUGUAAAGGAGGAGAGAACGCUUUGCUGCAAGAACUCCGACUGCUGAAGAGUAAAGUGGACGAGCUGGAGGGAGAAAAGUCCCAGUACGAGAGGAAGCUGAAAGCCACAAAGACAGAGAUAGCGGAGUUACAGCAGCUGUUGGCAUCUAAAGACGCUGAGAUUGAGUGUCUGCAAAGCCAGCUCCUCUCCAGGGGAACACCAUCCAAUGAGAACUCAGAGAGAGAGGAGGUGUACAAGCGAAAGCUGAAAGACAAACAUCUGGAGUUUUUAAGUUUGAAAAGGGGAAUGGAAUCAUUGCUGGCAGCCAAUGAUGAGAAGGAUCGACGUAUAGAAGAGCUCUCUGCCCUGCUGGCCCAGUACAAGAAAAUGAAAGAUGUUUUGGCUUUCUCUCAAGUGUCGGGAGACAGGCUGUUGUGUGGGAGCAGUGAGGAGGAGCUGUCUAGCAUCGGGAAACUGAAAAGCCUCACUCAUAAAGCACACUCUGACCUCCUCCGUUCAGAGUUCUCUUCCAGAGGCUCCUCCCCUCUCUUCAUUAAUCCCUCAGGUCUUCCCAAAGAGCUCGAGUCCAGUGUGCAGGCAUCCAUACAGGCCUCAGUCGUAACCUCUGGCAGCCCUGGCUUCCACAACGGACAAUGGGCUCAACCGCGGCUCCUGUCUAGCAGUCUAGAGGAGCUGCAGAGUGGAUCUUUACAGAAGCAUGUAAUGGGGCAACCGGUAGAACCUGAUCCUGAGAAUCGCCACAUGGAUAACAGCAAAUAUCAGACCCUGCCAGGAAAGUUUUCUCGUUCGGAGCAGAACGGAGAGAGAGAGAAAUAUUCGUCUCCUCUGCAGCUGUCCCCUGAUGAAAGUGAAGACAGUGAAUUCAACCUCAGAUCUCGGGGGAAAAAUGAUCUCUUUCCAAGCGGGAAAAGCGAGAGAACAGAUGACUCCACGAUGUCUGAUCUUUCCCCCAUGUCCUCUGGGGUUGACUCCGGUCAGCAGUCCCCUGUCUCUCCAGAGAAUAAGAAGAACCAGAAGGGUAUCCGAAAAUUAUGGGGAAAGAUAAGGAGGACUCAGUCAGGCAGUCUACCCGCAGAUAACCCUGAUGCCGCAGAGUUCAGGCGGGGAGGCCUCAGAGCGACGGCCGGGCCCAGGCUGGCACGAGUGGGCGACACCGGGGGCUCGGCACGAGAUGCCAACACAUCCUUCACUAAGUGGACAACAGAGCAAGUGUGUAACUGGCUGGAGGACUAUGGACUGGGCCAGUAUGGGCCUCUGGCCAGACAGUGGGUCACCAGUGGACAGACUCUCCUCUCUGCCUCCCCACAGGACCUAGAGAAGGAGCUUGGGAUGAAGCAUCCAUUACACAGGAAGAAACUGCAGCUGGCUCUACGUUCUUUUACGACCAAACUGAUCGAGAAGUCUUCUGAACUGGACUAUGUCUGGGUCACUCGGUGGCUUGAUGACAUUGGAUUACCUCAGUACAAAGAUCAGUUUAAUGAAGCAAGGGUUGAUGGGAGAAUGCUGCAGUACUUAACAGUGAAUGAUCUCCUGUUCCUGAAAGUAACGAGCCAGCUCCAUCACCUCAGCAUUAAAUGUGCCAUCCAUGUGCUACAUGUGAAUAAGUUCAACCCCAACUGCCUGAGGAGACGGCCAGGGGACGAGAACAAGACAUCACCCUCAGAGGUGGUGCAGUGGUCUAACCACCGCGUGAUGGAGUGGCUACGCUCUGUGGACCUGGCAGAGUAUGCACCCAACCUCAGGGGCAGUGGAGUACAUGGGGGACUCAUAAUUCUGGAGCCACGCUUCAAUUCAGACACCAUGGCAAUGCUCCUGAACAUUCCGCCACAAAAGACGCUCCUCCGUCGUCACCUGGCAACCAACUUCAGCUCUCUGGUGGGCAUGCAGGCACAGCAGGAAAAGAGAGAGUACAUGGAGUCGGCAGGUUACACUCCCUUAACAACCACAGCCAAAGUCCGGCCCAGAAAACUGGGUUUCACCAACUUCAGCCACCUGAGGCGGAAGAAGGCGGACGACUCCACCGACUACAUCUGUCCUCUGGAGGCGUCCCAGGCCCAGGCUCUGGUGAACGGCGCCCACCGGCCCUACGCUGGGUUCAGGGGCCUCAGCCCAAUCUUUGACAGGGACCCCGAGAGGCGUGGGGAGCAGGUGGGGCCACAGACCUGAUGCCUUUGCUAGCCAACCAUCAUCACUUCCGCUUGCAGCCAAUAACCCCUCCAACCCCUGACCCCCCCUCACCCUCGCGCUCCCUCCUCCCCCAUCCAACACCGCCCGAGCCAAACCACACUCGCGCCAUUCCUUCCCUCCUCCUCCUCCUCCUCCAUCAUCUAAUACCCAGCAUCCCUCACUCAUGGGCAUGAGACAGCAGUGAGAACGCAAAAAAGACGGACUUGUGAGGCCAUGUUUGGACAUUUGCAGAGCCACUUAAAGGAUCCAAGAGUAUGGUACCCUCGUUGUGAUGUUACCUCCCAAAGACAAAAGGGUCGUGCCACUAUUGACUAAAAUGGAACAUUUAUGUGGAAUUUCCAGGCAAUACACAUUAUAAUUAGCUUCGAGGUUAUUUAUCUUUUUUUUUUUUCUUUACCCAUUCUUGCUGUUUGAGAAAACAGUGCUCUAGAGAAAUUUGUGCAAUAUUUGCACUUUUUAGUGAUAUAUAUAUUUAAUAUUUAAUGUUGGUGAAUUA